AUGACUACAGCUGCUCCUACAACAACCACAGAUACACCAACAACAUAUUCUCAGACAACAACUACAGCUGAUCCAACGACCGCAACAACUUCCUCUAUAACAACUACAGCAGCUCCAACAACAACCACAGCUAUUUCCACAACAAACACAGAUACUGCUACGACAACAACAGCUGCGGCUAUAACAACCAAAGUCGUCCACACAACAACCACAGCUGCUCCCACAACAACCACAAAUGCACUCACACCAACCACAUUUUCUCUGAAAACAACUACAGCAGCUCCCACAACCACAACAGCUUCCCCUACAACAACCACAGCUGCUCCCACUACAACCACAGCCGGAGGAACAACAACCACUGCUGCACUCAUAGCAAUAACAGCUGCUCAAACAAAAACCACAUCUUCACCCACAACAACCACAGCUUCUCCCACAAAAACCACAGCUGAUGCUGCUACAACAACUACAGUUGUGGCUACAACAACAACAUCCAUUCCCACGACAACAACAGCUGCUCCCACAACAACCACUGCAGCACCAACAACGACUACAGCUGCUCCCACAACAACCACAGCUUUCCCUACAUCAACAAAAGCUGAUGCUUUGAUAACAACAGCUGUGGCUACAACAACAGCCAUCCCCACAACAAACACAGCUGCUCCCACAACAGCAACAGCUGCUGAUACACCAACCACAUCUGCACCAUCAACAACCACAGCCACAGCUCCGACAACUACAACCGUCCUCACAACAACCACAGCUGCUCCUACAACAACCACAGCAGAUCCAACGACCACAACAGCUUCCUCUACAACAACGACAGCUGCUCCAACAACUACGACAGCUUCCCCUACAACCAUCACAGCUGUUCCCACAACAGCAACAGCUGCUGAUACACCAACCACAUCUGCACGAACAACAACCACAGCCACAGCUCCGACAAUCACAGAGGCUCCCACUACAACAAUAGCUGCCAUAGCAACAACAAAAGCUCCCGUAACAACCAUCACUGCUGGCCCUACCACAACUACAGCUAACCCCACAAUAACCACAGCUGCUCCCACGACAACCACACCUGCACCCACAACAAACACAGCUGCUCCCACAACAACCACAGCUGCUCACACGACAACCACCGCUUCACCAACAACAACCACAACUACACCAACGACAACCACAGCUGCACCACAAGCAACCACAGCUGUUCCCACAACAACAACAACUGCACUAACAACAUCCCCAGCUACUGCUAUGACAAGAACAGCCACCCCCACAACAACUACAGCUGCUCCCACAACAACCACAGCUGCUGCUUCAACAACCACAGCAGUACCAACGUACACCACAGCAGCUCCCACUACAACCACAGCUUCUCCCACAAUAACCACAGCUGCUGCUACAACAAUCAAAACCCUGCCCACAACAACCACAGCUGUUCCAACAACAAUCACAGAUUCACACACAACAACCGUAUCUGCUCCCACAACUACAGCAGUUCCCACAACCACAACAGCUUUCCUUACAACAACCACAGCUGGUAGCAAAACGACAACAGCUGCACCCACAACAACAACAGAUUCUCCCACAACAACCACAUAUUCUCACACAACAACCACAGAUUCUCACACAACAACCACAGAUUCUCACACAACCACAACAGCAUCCCUUGUAACCAUAGCUGUUCCCACAACGACCACAGCAGCACCAAUGAUGUCUACUGCUGGGGCGACAACAAUCACAGCUUCCCCAAAAACAACCACAGGUGCUGCUACAACAACAGCUGUGCCAACAACAACUACAGCUGCAUCCACAGCAACCAGAGCUGAUCCCACCACAACCACAGCUGCUGCUACAACAACAACAGCUGCUGCAACAACACCCAAAACCCUGCCCCCAACAACCACUGCUAACAUCAGCUGCUCCCACAACAACCACUGCAGCACCAACGAUGACUACAGCUGCUCCUACAACAACCACAGAUACACCAACAACAUAUUCUCAGACAACAACUAA